AUGUCAUUAAUUUUUGUUCGCGGUGGUGUGAAGAGUGAGUUGAUAGCAAGAUGCCCGAGGAAAACGAUCUAGCUCGUCCGCCAGAGACCGAACUCAAGGACGAUUCCUCCAAUUCUGGAAAGAAUGAAUCGACCAAACAAACCGGCCGAGGAACCCACAAGACCAAGCAUUGGCGGAUCGAAACGUAAGACACACCCUUUUGUUUGUUAUGCAAUUUUAGAUUGUACUGUACAUUUCAUCUUUUAGCCCUACCAAUGCAAAGCACAAGAUGCCUCCGAAGGGUUGGGUGAAGAUCUACAUCCGAGUUCGCUUCUCUCCCACCGAAGUUCGCUACAUGAAGCUGAAAUACGACGAGAACAAGACUCCAGACGAGAAAGACAGGAAUGUCAGACAUUUGUUCGAGCUGUGGGAUGGUUCCAUCUUGAAGGACGCUGAUUUCCGCCAGAUGAAGUCCACUCUCUUCGCCGUUCUCAAAGUCAAUGGUCAAAGACAGGCGCUUCAGGUAAGACUUGAUCGUUUUUAUGUAGUUUUUAGGAUAUGAUGGGCAACAACUGCACUGUGCAAGCCCCCCAAUACAUCCGCAUCAAGGUCCCAUUUGGCGACAACCCUCAAGGCGCGAAUGCGGAAUCUCUGAACUCAUGUGCUGAAAUUCUUGUCUCUCCGGCCAAUUGA